GCCACCGGCAGCGGCGCCCGCUCCCGAGAAGCAAAGCCACCAAGGGGCCACCGGCGCCUGGCGUCGGCGGGGCGCUGAAGAUCCCCGGCGGCUGCCUCAGAGUCGCCGCCCGCCUCGGCCGAGCCGGAUCCCAGAGCCGUCGGACAUGGAGCCGUGGAAGCAGUGCGCUCAGUGGCUCAUCCACUGCAAAGUGCUGCCCGCCAACCACAGGGUGACCUGGGACUCGGCGCAGGUGUUCGACCUGGCGCAGACCCUCCGCGAUGGAGUACUGCUCUGCCAGCUGCUCAACAACCUGAGGGCACACUCCAUAAACCUGAAGGAGAUCAACCUGAGGCCGCAGAUGUCCCAGUUUCUCUGUCUGAAGAAUAUCCGGACAUUUCUGGCUGCCUGCUGUGAGACAUUUGGAAUGAGGAAAAGCGAACUUUUUGAGGCAUUCGACCUGUUUGAUGUUCGUGACUUUGGAAAGGUCAUAGAGACACUAUCUCGGUUAUCCCGCACACCCAUAGCACUGGCCACAGGAAUCAGGCCCUUCCCCACAGAAGAAAGCGGCGUAAAUGACGAAGACAUCUACAAAGGCCUCCCUGACUUAAUAGAUGAAACCCGUGUGGAAGAUGAGGAAGACCUCUAUGACUGCGUGUACGGCGAGGAUGAAGGCGGAGAAGUCUAUGAAGACCUGAUGAAGGCAGAGGAAGCACAGCAGCCUAAAUCACAAGAAAAUGAUAUACGGAGUUGUUGCCUAGCAGAAAUUAAGCAGACAGAGGAAAAAUACACAGAAACUUUGGAGUCAAUAGAAAAAUAUUUCAUGGCACCCCUGAAAAGAUUUUUGACAGCGGCAGAAUUUGAUUCAGUGUUUAUCAACAUUCCUGACCUUGUAAAAGUUCAUCGGAGCUUAAUGCAAGAGAUUCACGAUUCCAUUGUAAAUAAAGAUGACCAGAACUUGUAUCAAGUUUUUAUUAACUACAAGGAAAGAUUGGUUAUUUAUGGACAGUACUGCAGCGGAGUGGAGUCAGCCAUCUCUAACCUCGACUACAUCUCUAAGACAAAGGAAGAUGUCAAACUGAAAUUAGAGGAAUGUUCCAAAAGAGCAAAUAACGGGAAAUUCACUCUGCGGGAUUUGCUGGUUGUUCCCAUGCAGCGUGUGCUGAAGUACCACCUCCUCCUCCAGGAACUGGUUAAACACACCCAUGAUCCCACCAAGAAGGGGAACCUGAAGCUGGCUCUGGAUGCAAUGAAGGACUUGGCACAGUAUGUGAACGAAGUGAAGAGGGAUAAUGAGACCCUUCGUGAAAUUAAGCAGUUUCAGCUAUCUAUAGAAAAUCUGAACCAACCGGUUUUGCUCUAUGGACGACCUCAGGGAGACGGUGAGAUCCGGAUGACCACGCUGGACAAGCAUACGAAGCAGGAAAGGCAUAUCUUCUUAUUCGAUUUGGCAGUGAUUGUUUGUAAAAGGAAAGGUGAUAACUACGAGAUGAAGGAAAUAAUAGAUCUCCAGCAGUACAAGAUAGCUAACAAUCCUACCACUGAUAAAGAAAAUAAAAAGUGGUCUUAUGGCUUCUACCUCAUCCAUACCCAAGGACAGAAUGGACUAGAAUUUUAUUGCAAAACAAAAGAUUUAAAGAAAAAAUGGCUGGAACAGUUUGAAAUGGCUUUAUCUAACAUAAGGCCAGACUACGCUGAUUCCAAUUUCCAUGACUUCAAGAUGCACACUUUCACUCGGGUGACGUCCUGCAGAGUCUGCCAGAUGCUCCUGAGGGGAACAUUUUAUCAAGGCUACUUAUGUGUUAAGUGUGGAGCAAAAGCACACAAAGAGUGUUUGGGAAGAGUAGACUGUUGUGGCAGACUUAAUUCUGUUGAGCAAGGGCCAUUCAAACCACCAGAGAAACGGACCAAUGGACUCCGCCGAGCUCCCAGACAGGUAGACCCAGGUUUGCCAAAGAUGCAGGUGAUUAGGAACUACACUGGCACCCCGCCCCCAGCUCUUCAUGAAGGACCACCAUUGCAUAUCCAGGCAGGGGACACUGUUGAACUUCUGAGAGGAGAUGCCCACAGCGUUUUCUGGCAGGGACGAAACUUAGCUUCCGGAGAGGUUGGAUUUUUCCCAAGCGACGCUGUCAAACCGUCACCAUGUGUACCUAAACCAGUAGAUUAUUCUUGCCAACCCUGGUAUGCUGGCCCAAUGGAAAGACUGCAGGCAGAAACUGAACUUAUUAACAGGGUGAAUAGUACCUACCUUGUGAGGCACAGGACCAAAGAGUCUGGAGAAUAUGCAAUCAGCAUUAAGUACAAUAAUGAAGCAAAACACAUCAAGAUUUUAACAAGAGAUGGCUUUUUUCACAUUGCAGAAAAUAGAAAAUUUAAAAGCUUAAUGGAACUUGUGGAUUACUACAAGCACCAUUCUCUUAAAGAAGGAUUCAGGACCUUAGACACAACACUACAGUUUCCAUACAAGGAGCCAGAGCCUGCAGCGGGACAGAGGACUACUAGAGCAGGCAACAGCUCCCCUCCUCUGUUCUGUGGCUUUUCUUUUGUAACUCCUCCAGACUACAGCUUUGUUCCCCCUUCUUCCACUCCUUUCUGGUCAGUGCUAAGUCCUAAAGUACUGGGCAUUGCCAUAGCUCGGUACGACUUCUGUGCAAGAGAUAUGCGAGAGCUCUCCCUCUUGAAAGGGGACAUGGUGAAGAUCUACACGAAGAUGAGCGCAAAUGGCUGGUGGAGAGGAGAAGUGAAUGGCCGGGUGGGCUGGUUUCCAUCCACAUAUGUGGAAGAAGAUGAGUAAAGUCCAAUCCGGUGCUGUUGCUGCACUGAAAUUCCAAAGAAAAGAGACAGAAACCUGCACUGCAUUAGGAGUUAACUGAAGCGUUUAAAAAGCAGCAUUUCUGGCUGUUCAACACCCUCCUUUUUCCUCCUCCUAAGUCUUAAUGCUGGGAUUUCUAAAGACGCUGGUACCGACAGAUUAAUGGCUUUGCCUAGAGCGGCGCAAGAAACAGCCUGCCAGUCUGUCAUCUUCAGGAACCAGGGCAAAACCAACCGCUUUCCUUCCCCAAAGAGCCCGGCAAACAGGCUGGAUCAGGUUUCUCUUUCUUCGUUGGGUCAGACACCAUGGACACCAGCCAUUUAUGAAAUGCUUCAUGCAUAUUUACUUUGUUCUCACAGUUUUUGAUGAUACAAAGAAACAGAAGUUUAAUCUUGCUUUUUCCCAGCGUGAAGAAAAAGUAGAGUUCUGCCAUCUGGGAAAGAUCCAGCUUGCUGGAAAGAUCUAGCAUUUCUCGUCUUAAAUUGUUCAACAGGUGACUCAUUGCCUGGCAAACACUUGUAUCCCCAGAUGUUACUCAUGAUAAAAUGAAAGAGGCUGAUGCUCAGGUUUGCAUCAUAAGUGAUAAAUUACAGAGAGGGUUUUAAUUAUUCAUUUGAUGUCCUGAUUAUAUUUCCACACUUCUUUAUAAAGAAAAAGAAAAGCACAUGAAAGGAACUGUCUUUGUAUUAACGCCUCACAACUUUAGUGAUUUCAUAGGGUGUCUUGGAAAUAUCAUGCCUGACAAGGGAACUGUGGCCUGGCAUGUCCUACUUAGUCCUAGGGAUCCCAGAGAGGUAGAGGUAUCUACUGAGACAGAUGAAACGCUGUAAUCCACAGGACAUCUUUGUACAGCUGCAGUACCCAUUAACACAAACCUUUUUCCUCCUCCUGGAAAGACCAGGGCAUACUUGCUGAUUC